AACAUACAUUCUAACUAAAACUUUCUAAAAACCCAUAAAUUUUUAGUUAUUUCAUAAAAAUGGAAGAAGACGAAGGCAAGAAAUUCAUAAAAGCAUGGAUAAUAAUCCUUGCAUCACUUUGUUACUCCUAUUUCAUAACCUCUAAAAUUCCAAAGGGUAUACUUAGAUUCAUCUCUCUUUUACCAAUUUUCUCUCUCUUCACUCUUCUCCCUCUUUCUCUCUCUAGACCUCUUACAAAUAUCCUCUUUGGGGGUUUUAUCGUGUGGCUCGCAAACUUCAAACUCUUAUUGUACGCCUUCAAUCUUGGCCCUUUAUCAUAUGAUGAUAAUGAUGAUCAACCAUCUCUUCUUAGAUUCAUUUUUCUUGCAGCUUUUCCCAUCAAGAUUAAGAAAGUCAACCCCUCAACAAAAAGUCAAGAGGGUAAUUUAGUAAUUUCACCCAACAAAAAGGAGGUAGUAUUACCCUUGAAUUUUUGGUCAAAGGUGGUUAUUUUUGUCAUUUUAGAAGUGGUGUACUCGUACAAUAAAAACAUGGUGGCUUUUUGUGGUUUGAUGUAUUUGGCUAUUGAUAUUGCAUUUGGGGUGUGUGAUUUUUUAGUAGGGUCCACACUUGGGAUCGAGCUCGAACCACCGUCCGAUGAGCCUUACUUGUCAACAUCACUACAAGAUUUUUGGGGUCGGAGAUGGAACCUCAGGGUAACAGAUAUACUGCGUCACACUGUAUAUAAACCCGUUAGGUCAACGGUUGUGAAGUUUGCUGGUCAAAAGUGGGCCCAAGUGGCAGGUGUCAUGGCUUCAUUUGUUGUUUCAGGGUUGAUGCAUGAGUUGGUUUAUUACUAUGCAACACGAGUGACUCCCACGUGGGAAGUCACGUGGUUCUUUGUGUUGCAUGGUGUGUGUGUGGUGUUGGAGAUGGGUGUGAAGAGAGGUUUGGGCCGGAAGUGGAAGUUGCAUUGGGCUGUUCCUGGCCCAUUAACAGUUGGGUUUGUGAUGAUAACGGGCUUUUGGUUGUUCUUCCCUCAAUUAAUGAGAAAUGAGGUAGAUGUUAAAGCAACUCAAGACAUUAUUGAUUUUGGCAAGUAUUUGAAAGAGUUGGUGAUUAGAGGAUGAAUUAUGGUUUUAAGAUUUUAGGUUCAUCAAAAAUCGAAGUAUCUAAUUGUGUAGUUGUGAUUUGAUCUUUUAAUUCCAUUUUCCAACUUCUGUUCAUGAUCUCAUGCCUACCUUUCAUUCUUUCGCCUACAAAGUAAACGCGUUAUAUACAAUAAAAAAAACACAUACUACUAUGUACUUAAUGUACGUAGUAGGAUUUAUCUGGCAAAAUUUUGCCAAAUAUUAGAUAAUUAAUCACCUAGCACUCAA